UGGAAGCGCCGUUUUCUCUUUUGUUGGGAAUACGGGCCGAUUUUACUGGGCCACCGGAAAUGCCUUUUUUUUCUUGGAGAUUUUCGUUACCGAUUCGGCCCAAGUGCACAAGGCCCAGUUCACGUUUCCGUCUACUUUGGUCCUUGGGCUCUAUAUAAACUGAAUGUUUUUCCUCCCGCUCUGUUUCUUCUACCUCCGUCCGCCUAGUUCUUCCAGAAGAAAUAGUUUGUUUCGUUCGCCCCCCUCCAAUUCCAAUGCAGUCUCCUGCCCCGGCGAGCUCGAGCUCGAUCUCGCUGCCUCCCCCCAUGCCGUCUUUCCCUGAGAGCAUGGUGGGGAAGACUCUCCACUUGCUCCUUCCGUACCACGACGCCACCAUCAGGGGCAUUGAGCGGAGCAAGGACGACAAGCUGACCCGCGUCAAGAUCGAGGCUCUGCCCGGGGUUGCGUUUUCUUCUGGGCAACUGCGGCUGGAGAGCACGACAGGGCUAAAGUUUGAAGGCGCUCUCCGCGUGGACGACAUCUCUCGGCACGAAUGCACGCUUACAGUUCAUGACGACCAAGUGCACUAUUGCCGCUCCUGCACAGGAGUCAGAGUCCCAACUUUUCCCCCAUUCUCAGAGACCAUGGUAGGGAUGACCGUCCGCUUCUCUGGGUCAGAUCCCUACUCCAUUGAGGUUGGUGUUCGAGAAGUAGAGAGGCGGGAUUCUGUUACUACAGUACAUCUUCAGACGGGUGUCGUCUCCGUUCCUGCCUGCACUGGUGACAUGGUUAUACUGAGGUCCACAGAUACCUUGGACAAAUGGCAAGGAGACAUUAGAUAUUGGCCAAAUCCUAGCUUUACGGCUGAAUCUAAGAAGAAAAGAAAAGACAAAAGUAAAAUUGACCAAAGUUUCUAUGGACAACAGUUUGAGAGAGAUGUCUGGAUUUCUGUGCGAGAUGAGCAAGUGUGCAUAGGCAGUAAACUGUCACUAUGGGUGCCAAAUACGAAGAUAUUAAUUAAGCCAGCACCAAAUCCUCCUGCUAACAUUCGCAUCAGUCAUGGCAAGUCUGUUUCGCAGCGAAAGCGCAGGUCAUCUACACAGGAAGAAUGUGAUGGGAAGCAAAAGAUUAAAGUUGCAAUAAAUGGUUAUGGAAAUAUUGGGAGGGCCCUCGCUAGAGCAGCUUUUCAGAGUGAAGAUGUUGCCCUUGUUGCUAUCAAUGAUCUGUCUGCAGGAGACGAAUUUAGUUGUAUGUUUAGGGAUAUAUGGGACUUUGGAGUGAAAAAUUGCACCUCCGAUAUUCUUGAGGGGGUCCAUUUCUACAAGGCUAGCGAUCCUGCUGCAGUCCCUUGGUACAUGACUGGCGCUCAGUUUGUUGUGGAGACUAGUUCCGAUUGUAGUCAGGAUGCUGAACAUUACAAGAAGCAUGCGUCUAGAUAUAGACGAUGUUCGGAUCUCAGGCUCUUUGAUCCUCUUAAGACAAUAGUUGGCCCUUGCGACCCCUCGUUGAGCGCUCCCAACAGUUCGAGGGCCCCAAUUCUUGAGAUUGAACCUGUCACCCCAAGCGAUGCCAAGGCUGUGUGUGACUGUUUCCCUCUCUGGACGUCCAAUGGAGUUGGCUCAGUAGUUUGUGUUCAGGGGGUUGAUAUUACUUUUGAGUUGGUAAAGACGCAUAUGCUGAUACUGAGUAACACCCGUCCUAGCUUGAACUUUGCGCAGCUUGUGAGAUGGUGUUUCGACAUGCUGAGCCAGAUCCCAGAAGCAGGAGAAUGUCACGUUCAGAUGAGUGAAAAGCCACGAUGGAUGUAGGCUUCAGCGUGCAAAUGAGCUCUCACUCUCGAUAGCCCAUAGCCUCGACACUUGAUAGCACAUAGCCUCGACACUCGAUAGCCCAUAGCCUCGACACUCGAUAGCCCGUAGCCUCAUUUGUACAUUACUAGUACAUGUAUAUAUAGUCAGACGUGACAUUCGGUUCAGUUGGUCCUUGGAUAAGUUGUUUUUUGUGGAUGGUCCUUGGAUAAACGAGCGGUUCUUUUGAAUUUUCUCUUUUCUCAAGCUAGUCUGGAAAUCUUCUUAUUGCAAUUUUAUUGGCACUCAGUUCUGUCA